AACCAAUGAGGAGGGUUCCACUUGAAGCAUAAUCCCAUUAUACCCAAAUAUAUAACCCUCCUCCGUUUCAUGGCCCUACGGCCUUCUCAUUUCUUCAUUGUUUCAUUCCACCACCGCCUCCUCUCUCAUUCUCCGGCGACCUCUCUUCUUCUCUUCCCAUCUCUGCUCCGUCGUUUUUCCUCCAACACUUCGGUAUCUCUCACGCGACACAAACACAAAUCAUCUUCUCUACCUCCUCCUCCGCAGCCGCCGCCGCCGUCUUCUCCUUCUCUUCUCCGACCGUCGGCGACUCUAUCCGAAGCCCUGGCGCAGAAAAUUGGAAAAUCUAUUCGCCGUCCCGGCGCGCCUUCAAAGGCCCGGGUUUAUACGGAUAUCAAUGUGAUCCGACCUAAAGAGUAUUGGGAUUAUGAAUCCCUAACUGUUCAAUGGGGGGAGCAGGAUGAUUACGAGGUGGUAAGGAAAGUUGGGAGAGGGAAGUAUAGCGAGGUGUUUGAGGGAAUUCACACUACUAAUAAUGAAAAAUGCAUCAUCAAAAUCCUUAAGCCAGUGAAGAAGAAAAAGAUCAAGCGUGAGAUUAAGAUACUGCAGAAUCUUUGUGGUGGACCUAAUAUUGUGAAGUUACUUGAUAUUGUCAGAGAUCAGCAGUCGAAGACCCCAAGUCUUAUAUUUGAAUAUGUGAAUAACACAGAUUUUAAAGUGCUCUAUCCAACUCUUUCUGACUUUGACGUUAGAUAUUACAUCUAUGAGCUGUUGAAGGCAUUAGAUUAUUGUCAUUCUCAAGGUAUUAUGCACCGGGAUGUGAAGCCCCAUAAUGUGAUGAUUGAUCAUGAGCAGCGGAAACUUCGACUAAUAGAUUGGGGGCUUGCAGAAUUUUAUCAUCCCGGGAAGGAAUAUAACGUUCGUGUGGCUUCUAGAUAUUUUAAAGGUCCUGAACUACUUGUUGAUUUGCAAGACUACGAUUACUCGUUGGACUUGUGGAGUCUUGGUUGUAUGUUUGCAGGAAUGAUAUUCCGGAAGGAGCCUUUCUUCUAUGGACAUGACAAUUAUGAUCAACUUGUGAAGAUUGGGAAGGUUCUGGGGACUGAUGAAUUGAACUCUUAUCUAAACAAGUAUAGAUUGGAAUUAGAUCCUCAUCUUGCAGCUCUUGUUGGACGACACAGCAGGAAACCAUGGGCAAAGUUUAUUAAUUCUGAAAAUCAACAUCUCGCAGUGCCUGAGGCGGUUGAUUUUGUUGACAAACUGCUCCGUUACGAUCAUCAGGAAAGACCGACUGCAAAAGAAGCAAUGGCUCAUCCGUAUUUUUAUCCUGUACGAAAUGCUGAGAGCAGUAGAACCCGCGCUCACUAAAACUAAAAGAUCUAGCAGGCGAUGGAUCAAUCUCCUGGCCUUCUUUUGCAGUUUUUAUGUGAUGCUCUGUGCUGAUUCAUAUAUGUUCUCUAGUGACAGGCGAUUAUUACGAACCACUCCUGGUGGAUUUGCUGGUUUUAUCAGAUAUAACUCAUCUGCACCAGUUUUGGGUUUAAUUGUAUUGUUUCUUUUAGCUGUGUGUGUGACAUAGGUCAAAAAUAAGCAAAAAAUUCAAUUUGUUUUCUCAUUUCCUGGUUUAGUCAAUUUCUAGUUUGUUUUCUUUUCUUAAUUACUUUUUGUGCUUCCGUAAGGUAUAACUGUAUGAAUUCAUUCAGAGUGUAUUUUGCGUUUUUGAAACUUUUGAACAAAUGGAUGCCUUCCCUUGUAUCUCAAA